AUGGCUUUUAGGGCAAGAGCCAUGGCAAAAGAUAAAAUUGAAGGAUCAUUCCAUGAACAAUAUAGAAGACUUUAUGAUUAUGGCCAUGAGCUCCUGAAAACAAAUCCAGGAUCAACAGUUCAAAUCAAAGUGGAUAAUAUUAAUGGUGAGGUGAUUUUUCAAAGAUUUUAUGUAUGCUUGAAAGCAUGCAAGGAUAGCUUUNUCAGUUGNAGACCUAUUGUUGGCUUGGAUGGAUGUUUUCUGAAAACAAAGUAUGGAGGGGAGUUAUUGACAGCAGUUGGAAGGGAUGGAAACGAGCAAAUGCUGCCCAUAGCAUAUGCUGUGGUUGAGGUUGAAAACACAGAGACUUGGACUUGGUUCUUGNAGCUGCUAAUUGAGGACCUUGGUGGGAAAGAUGUGUGUGCAGGAAUUACUUUUAUGUCAGACCAACAAAAGGGUCUUUUGGCAUCUUUUCAACAUCUUCUACCAGGGGUUGAGCAAAGGUUUUGUGUUAGGCAUCUCUAUUCAAAUUUUAGAAAAACAUUUCCUGGAAAAGACCUCAAACGUCUCAUGUGGAGGGCAGCAGUAGCCACACAUCCACAACAAUGGGAAGCUGAGAUGAGGAAUAUUAAAGCCAUCAAUGAUGAGGCUUUCAAAUACUUGCUUUCAAUUCCACCUAGGUGGUCAAGAGAGAAAUUAUUUGAGGUCAUGCAUAUUUCACAAUUUGGCAACCAAUUCGUUGUNAAUGUGGACACCAUGGACUGCACAUGUAGAAAGUGGGCAAUUACUGGCAUUCCUUGUGNGCAUGCCAUAACAUCAAUGAAGUUUCUAAACAUCAAUGCUGAAGAUUACAUAACCCACUGGUAUAGAAAGUCCACUUAUGAAGAGACUUACAACAGCAUAAUUUACCCUAUCAAUGGUCAANAUAUCUGGGAGGUAACACCCUAUUCAGAUAUAUUACCUCCAAAGAAGAAGAAAAUGCUAGGAAGGCCCAAAAAGAAACGAAGAUUGGAGGAGUGGGAAUUGAAGAAGAAUGAUAGUGAGUUAAGAAAGGGUGGUCAGAGAAAAAAAUGUGGUAUAUGUAAGGAGCUUGGUCACAACAAGAAAGGUUGUCCACAAAGACCUACUGCCCAAUCUCCUUCUGAACAAACACAAGGCACCCAAGCUCCACCAAUAGAUGUUCCACUUACCCAAGAAUCCACUGUGAUGGCAACUGCAAGUGGUCCUCCUCAACAACCAGACUCCACUGUGAAUGAUGCAUGCUGA